AUGAUGUCGAAUAAAAGUUGUGUUCCUGGUUGCUGCGAUAGUGCUAAAACUAAAUUUGGUAUUUCCAAAAAUGUUCAUGUUAUUUGGAAAAAAGUCAAAGGGUUUUCACUAAACAGGCAUUCUAAAGUAUGUGAGAAACAUUUUAAACCAUCUGAUAUUGUUUCCACGAGGGAUUCUGGGGAAGGCAACAAUCAAAUUUCGGUAUGUUCAACUAGAAUAUAAAAAAGAAUUCUGAGAUGAUCGAAGAAUGUAUUGGAUUUACCACGUUUAUUUAUUUUUUUAGAUUGGUUUAAGGAAAUUAAGAUUAAAGCCCGGGGCAGUACUUGUCACUUUCUUAAAUAAAGAUGAUACAAUUAUUGAACAGGUUUAUUUGUUAAUGUUGCACAUAAAAGAUAACAUUAUAAUAUAUUAAUAUUUUGUAUAAAUUUCAUAAUUUUUAAUAUACUAUUAAUAUAUAUAAUUUUUCAAGUUAAUGAUACAACAAUAAUAAGUAUCAAAAAUAACCACAAUCAUUUUAAAAUAAAGAGAAAUGAUAAUGAAUUAGAAGAAGAUAAAUUAAAACCGUUAGCUAUAUAUAGUGAAAAUAUAAUUAUUUCAAUUACAAUAUAAUAAGAUAUUGCGUUUGCAUGUUUAAAUUUAAAUCAUAUAUGAAAUAUUAUUCUCCAUAAUAGAAGUUUUUACUCUAAAACCACUUUUUAAUGCCGUUUCGUUUGUUUUGCGUAAUCAUGUUUUAACGUCGUAAAAUGUUAAUUUUGUUCCGACACGUGCUACUCCAAACAGCACUGUAAAUUCAAACCUUGUCGUAAUCUGUAGCGGCCCCCUCCAUUAAAAUACAGUGACAGUGUUAAGAAUAAAUUUCUGCUUGGCGCCGCGUGACGGUAUUAUUUAUUUAUACUUUUAUAAUUACACCGUGGCCGCGGCCCACAGCCGAAUAUAAAAAUAAUAUUAUUAUUAUCAUGUUAUUUGCUAGCCUUAUAGGUACUUCACAAUCAAACAAUUUUAAAUAUUUAAAUACCCAUCUACCCGUGCAGCAGUAGGAAAUCGUAAGCCCUAGUUCAUAUUCAUACCCUAUUUACUAUUAAUAAUUAUAAAUUAUGGUGCUAUGUAUAAUAUUGUAUAACAUAUUCUAUAUUUUUCAAUCCCCGAAUAAAAAUAUUAGAAAUAUAAAUUGAAAAAUGUAUGUAGGUACCUAUUAUUUUAUAGUUCCAAUGGAUAAUGAGUAAUGAAAAACCAGUACGUCAUAUUAUACUUAUACCUAUAGGCACGUAUCUGGACCUUAUCUUAGGGGAAGGGCUAUUAAUUUUUUUGGAAUAGUCCAAAUUCUGAAUAAGUUACUUUUAUUAUAUGUGUGCUCUUAUAUUAAAAAAAAAAAAAAAAAAAACAAAAGUCAAGUUUUUGUGCCUAAUAAAAAAUGUAUUAAAUAACUGUCAUAAAUUAUGGUUUAAUUAUAUAAUAAUGUUAAAUAAAUAAUAUGUCAUAACAAAUUUAUUACAACUCUCAUUUUCUACAAGGUUAGAUCGGUAUGUCUCUUUUUCAUUUUAGCGAACCGUUGAAUGAUGUCUUUUUUUAUGAUAAUAAUAAAAUAAUUGUAAUUAUUUAUUUCUAUUAUUUUAUUUUAGGGUAAUUUUAAUAGUAACAAUUUAUCAAAAAGUUCUUGGAGACAUUAAGUAAACUUCAUUAUACUUACAUUAACUGUUACCAAGUGUUACCAAUGCCGAAUUUCAAUUUACACUUCAUUCAGACUCUUUACCAUGACACCCUCAUUCCGGUUUAAUAAAGUGUAACUGAUAUUUUACAGUUCCAUGCAAAUAGACCUGAUCACUUAGGUUGCUAUAGAGCCUAUAGCAUAGGCAAAGCCAACGCUAGGAGUAUUGACGCCCUGGGCGAAACCAUAUUUUGACAUCCUUCACUUCCUCACCAAGUUAAAGUAAAAUUUAGUUUUUAGUAAGAUUAAAUAAAAAUAUUAUGUAUUUUGUAUCAUAACUUUAUUACAUGAUUAUAAAAUAAUUUACUUAUAAAAUAACCGCUCGGGAUUAAGGAACAAAGUCAAAAUAAUUUUAAAUUUGAUACUUAGAACUACAAUUAAUAUUAAUAAUAUUUAAACUUCACUUUUCGAGCUGUUAAUUCAGAAAACUGUUUGAUUGUGUCUUCAUAAUUUACUUUUUCGACUAAAUCAUUUUUAACUGACAAAAUUGCUAAUGACGAGAACCUCAUUUGUAAGCAAGGAACGCAAAUAAGUUUUUAUUUAUUUAAGUUUAGAGAAACUUCGUUCACUGGAUGCUACUAUAACUGGGAUCGUCAACAAUAUUCUUAAGCUGCGUCCAUACCCAACAAACAUUUUACAAAUGUUUGGCCCAAUGUUCGUCAAACAUCCAAAAUAUUCAACAAACAUGUUUGUUGAAAACUCCUUACAUUUAACUGGAAUUAAAAGGAAAGAGAACACAUUUUCUAGAAAAAACAAAUUAUAUUUGACUUCUUCUUAACCUGGCAUUUUAUUUUACAGUACAUAAAAGAUAAAACAAUUCAAAUUUAAUUAUUAAAUCAAACAUAGACGUUUGUGUUUUGCUACAAAAAUAUUGAGCACAUUUUCCGAUAUUGACGAAUUAUUAAUUUUAAUUGUACUAUUUAUUGGACUUAAAUCAUCACCAGUUUCCAGAAAAAUACUGAAAUAAAUAAAUAUUAUGUGUGUGUUCCAAACAAUUAUUAUUGUCCGACAUAUUAUCAUAUAACAAUAUGCACGACAAUACUGCACAGAGUAAAUCCAAAUAAUUAAUACGGCGUUGGUCUAUAAAUAAACGUGUUUAUGAUAAAAAUAAAUAGGUAUAUGUAUGUAAGUACAAUAGUGUUGUCAAUAAACAUUACACUUCUGAUAUAUUUUGAAGACUUUAUAAAUUUCAGAAAAAUUAUAAAAACAUUUAAAACUAUAAUUUCAAAUAAAAUGUAAAAAUUGAAAGUAAACACCAUGAGGGUGUUACAAAAGUUUCUGUGGGGGCUGUAGCUACACCCAUGGAGGUGGACCAUUAACACUCUCUAAAUUCUAAAAUAUGAAAAAUUUUUUCCAAGGCUUGAAAUUGAAAUAAAUAUUUUCGAUUUAAAUUUAAAUUUCAUUAAUCAAUAUUAGUUUUUCUGACUUUAAUUGUGUAUAAUGCGUUUAUCUAGGUACCUAUACAUACAAAAUUAAUAUAACAUCGGGAUAGUGAAUUUAUAUAAUCACUAUUAUUAUGCUGGAUUGCAUAAAAACCAGAAAAACAGUGGUAAAAAAGUUGUCCACAAAAAAAAAUAAAAAUCUUUGUAAAACCAUGAUUAUUACUAAAACAUAUCCUACUUAUUUAUUAUCCUACUAGUAUUGAAUGGGGAUAUUUAUGACUAUAGUUGUGAUCAUCAAAUUCAUUUUCUACCAUACUGUUGGCACAAGUUUGAAUGUCAAUUUUUUUUUAUAGACACUUCUAACGAUAAUCCGCAAAUAUAAUAUAAAAUAUUAUCUUUUACCAAAUCAAAACUAUCAACAAUAGGUAGAAAAUUAGAUACAUUUUCAUUUUCAUCUUCUUCUUCAAUAACAUUAUCUACUAAUGAUUUUUCAACCAGCUUAUCUCAAAAACACUUUCAGAACCUGUGCUAUCUAGUGCAAUACCAUCAGCAGCAUAUGAUGAAGAAAUUAAUAUUAUUAUAAACUAGUAUUAUCUAGUUUUGCUUGAUAGUUUUCAUCAACAAAAGGAUCACUGCAUAAAUGACUCCAUUUGAUUGAUGUAAACUGCUUCCUUUUUAUAGCUGCAAUCCUUUUUUUAUUUAAAUCAUCAUUGGCCAAAGGAAAUCUAUAAUAUUCAAAAUAUUUUUAUUAAAAUGAUUAUUCUCGAAUACUCAAACUAUGUAUACAAGUAACCUAUAGUAAUAACUAAUAAAUAAUAAUGAAUGAACUUACCGAAAAAAAUCAAUAGUCUGGCCAGGUUGAUAUCUGACUGAUAUGCCUGGUGUACAUCCAUACACAACGCAUGACACUGACAUAAUUAAAUUUAUAAUAUGAAGUACAAUAAGUAAAAUUCAAUAAUAAUUAUGUUUUUAAGAAAUAAAAAUCAACUAAAUGGUAAACUAAGUCUGCACACGCAUAAAACCAUAUAAACAUAAUACUUAAUGCUUAUUAAAAACGUUUUACCACCCACGAAAUUAGUGAUAACCACAGAUAUGUAAUAUAAUAUAAUUAUUAUAAUAUAUAUCUGUGGUGAUAAUGCAUUGUUAGGCUUUACACGAUAACGCGGAUACCUUAUGUAUUAUAAUAUAGAUAUCUGUGUAGUAGGUCAUACGUGAUUACAUGAAUUCGAUCAAUUGCGCGUUAUAUAAAUGUUGAGCAUGCGCAUUUGUCCCAACUCCCUUUAGUUAUAUUUAACUAAUAUUUAAUCAAUAGCCUGAUCUAUCAAUAGCAUGGCUAAAUAGUUAAAUUUAACCAUGAUCCAUAGUAUAUGAUUUAAGAUAUUAACAUAAUCUGUGAUAAUACUAGUAUUUUAAUGUAAGUACGAGAAUUUGAUAGCUACAAUACGAGAAUAACUGUUUGAGAAUCUGGCAACCCUGGUGGAAUGUUUAGAAAUUCAGAACGUUGUUACACCUUUUAUUUACAUGACGUGUUAUAAACAAUAUAUUUCACAUUUCGUUUACAAUUUCUGUACCUAUCAAAUCAGUUUGUAAUUUAUCAUAACGUUGUUAAGUACUCAUUAUUAAUAGUACCCAUUGUGUUCUUAGACAUGAAUACAAACGCGCAUGGUACUUAGCUGUUAUAUUGAUCGGAGACAUUUUCAAUUAUUUACUACCUACAUCGAACUCACAUGAUGAAUUCAACUUCAAACUUUGUUGACUCAAUUGUUGGUAAGUCAUAAUAUGAUUUUCUAGUUGAGUAUUAAUAUCUAACUAUCUAGCCAAAACUAUCAAGGCUAGAUUCUUAAACAUUCUUAUCUCUGCCACACUCGUUCUCUGUUCUAUUUUUCUGUCUAUUGCCUACUCCAAAAUCAUUUAAUAUAGUCUCACCAGACUUGUGUAAAACUUCUCUUUAAAUCUCACUGAAAUUAUCAUGUCCCAUAAAAUACCUGACAUUUCUCUCCACUUUGUCCUACAACACUUGAUUCUAUGAUUCACAUCCUCAUGAAAGCCACUGUUCUUUUGUACAAACAAUUAUAGGUACUUAAAACUAUCAACUUCACUUAUAACCAAGACUGUGUAAGUUAAAGAUAUUUUUUAACUGAGUUAAGUUAAAUAUUUUUUUUUUUCAAUUUGGUAAAUUAAAUAUUAUUAAUGAGUAUUAUUAUUUAUUAAUAAUAGAUAUUUUGAAUACAUAAAUUAAACUAAAAAUUAAGUUAAAAUAUACCAUUAACUUAGCUUAGAAUCAUUUAAUAAGUUAGGUUAUUUAAAUAUAUAUAUAUAUAUAUUAAAAAUUAAAAUACCCAAUGAAAGUGAAUAUAAUUAUAAAAUAUUACCAAUGUGUCUAUUUUAAAACCUGUGGAAUUAUAGCAUUAACUAUAGAACUAUAAAUUAUUACUCAGGGAUAACUUAAAUUUAAAUUUAAGUGUAAAAGUAGUUACUGUAUUAUUGUAACAUUAAUAAUUUAUUAAUUUACAAAAUAAAUAACUUAAAUAAAGAAAUACAAAAAAAAAAAAAACUACCUAUUAGUUAUAAACUUUUAUUCAACAUAUCUAUUAAAUAUUAACAGCAGAUAGGUAGUAGUACCCAAGUAAUAUCCAAGUAGGUAUUAUGAAUACAAUUUGCGGGCUUGUGGCUAUUUAUGUAUUUUUUAUUAUGAUAAAUUAGUUUUUAUUUGUAAUUAUAAAAAUGAAAUUCCCAAUAAUUAUAUCAUCUCUACUUAACCCUAGAGCACAUGUUUCACGGUCUAAAGACCUGGUUUUUUUAAAUUGUGUUCAUUGAUUCGAAAAUAUUUACCUAACCCAACCUAGGUACUUUCUAAUUAGGCGAUAAACUACAAUUAGAUACAACUCCCAACUGUAUACGAUCUGAUGUCUGGAAAAUAAAAGAGUUCAACUUUCAUUACUUAAUACAUACAAAACCGGACUAAAAGACUGUAAGACUACAUGACUAUAUUGUGACAUUUUUAAACAAUUUAAUUUUAUAAAAAUGUAAUGUGGGUAUUUUUAAACUGUGUUUUCUAAUCAUUUUUGGCCGAUAAAUGUUUAUCAAUCAUUAUUUUAUUUCCAUUGUGUCUGACAAGAUUGUUGUUAGUUGACACUGGUUCACAGAUAUUACAUCUUAUGUGUGAUCUAAUACAAAUAUUGCCAUAGAUGAGUACAUCAAGAUGAUUUCUAUCAUUUAUCAUAGUUAAAUUUCAUUUUUAUUAAUAAGUAAUAAUAUUAUUUUAAUUAUUCGUGUUUUAAUUGAAAUAUUUCAAUACACAAUCAAAAACACUAUGAAUAUUUUUAAUGUGUGUGCUCUAGGGUUAAAUACUUGUUACAAUAAUAAUUGAUGAUUCUCCACAUUUAAGUUUCUUUUAAAUCUGGAACUGAAAAUCGGUAAUGGUCAUUAUUUUUAGAAAACUGGAAAAUCAGAGAAAUUGUUUAUAAUAAUAAAAGUUAAAUUUCCAAAACCAAUCUUUACAGUCAUAAAUAUUAAAUAUUCAACAUUUCAAGAAAAAAUAUGACUUCAAAUAUAUUAUUUUGUUUCUUAUUUUAUUUUUAGAUUAAAUUUGUAAUGUUAAAUAUCUCCAAUAAAGUUAUUCAUUUUUAAAAAUAUUUGAUUUAUUUAUUUGUCUCAUGAAAUAGGGUAUAAUAUUUAGAAUAGAGAAUACAAUUUAAAAAAAAAAAUGUAACAUUUUUAUUUACUAUGUUAGUAGGUGCAUUCAGGAAAAAAAUAUACCUAUUAGCACAACAAUACAAGUGUAAUAUCUGUGGAUAUAUUUUAAUUUUAAAGUUUUGUACACAAUAUUUAACAUCAAUUUAAUUUAUAGUUUAAAUGUACUUUUAAAUAUUGAUUAAAAGUAUUAAUGACUUUCAACUUCAAAUUUAGUAAAUAUAAUUGUAUUUUUACUUGUAAUUUAUACAGUUAUAUUUUUGUUAAUGUCUAGAACCAUUGGAUUGGAAUAAAUAUCUUGCAUUAAGAAAUUUAGAAGAAGUACCUGAAGAUUUGUUUUCACAUGUAAGUAGCUAUUUAUUUUUAAUAUGAAAAUAUAAGUAUUUAAAUUAAAAUACUUAAAUAUUUUAAAAUAAUUUUAUUUAUAGGUUUGUAAAAGUGAACAAAAUGGAAUAGAUUUAGGAUCAAUUGUUGAAAUUGAAAAUGAAGACCAGAAUGGUUAUUGGUUUGCCAGUGUGUGUUUAUCCCGGGGAGUCUUAAUAAAGUAUUAUUUAUUAAAUUUAUAUAAUAAUGUAAUAAAAUAAAAGCAAAAUAUUAUUUUAGUUUACAUUAUAUUGGUGACAAAAAUGAUGAACAUGAUUUUUGGAUAGAAUUAAAUUCGUCACGAAUCCAUCCUUUAAAUUGGGGAAAUGAAAAUAAUAAAAAACUACUACCACCCUGUCCUGAUAGAUUUCUACAGAUAAACUUAGAAAAUGUUAAAAAGAAAAUUCAAUAUUGUGAAAAUGUUGUACCUAAUUCUGUUUUACAAAUGGUAUGUAUAUUUUUAUUUUAACAAACUAUUAAAUUCAAAAAAGGAAUAUUAAUGGAUUUAGAUUUUUUAAUUUAAUAAUUUAAAUUAGUAAAAAAUUACUUAUAUUUAUUUCAGAAAGGUGCUCCAAUUUAUAAUAUAUUCAAGCCUGGAAUGUUUUUAGAAGUUCAAGAUAAAGAAUAUCCUUAUGGAGUUUGGAUUUCAAAAGUAAUAUAGUUUUUAUAAUGUUAAUAUUUUUAUAGUCUUGCUCUCUUAGUAAUUUUCUAUUACAACAUACUUUACAGUCUAUGAAGUAAGAACUUAGUAUAGAUAAAUUAUUUUUUUAGAUACUUAAAAACAAAGGAGGAAGGUUGUUUGUAAAAAUGCUAGGAGUAUCACCUCCAGAAGAGACACCAUUUUGGCUUUUUUAUUCAAAUGAGCGUAUUUUUCCUAUAGGAUGGGCAGACCAGAAAGGUAUAUUUUUAUAUUAUAAUACAUUAUAUUUGCAUUUAUUCUACUCAUAAUUUAUUGUUUUUAGGUCUUCCAUGGAGAGUUAUGAAUGUAGAUAUCAAUAUUGAAGAAUCUAUAGAUUCUAAUUUAUUAAUAAAUGUAUUAAAGGUAAAUAUACUUGCAAAUUAUUAUAUCAUUAUUAUUAUAAAGUAAUAAUAAUUGAAUCAGUGAACUUACUGAAUUAAAAAAUAUAUUAAAAGUUGAUACAUUGUUUGUUUAUUUGGUCCAUACAAAUUAGUAAAGGUUUUUCUUUUUUUGAACAUGAACAUAGCCAAGUUAAGAAUGAUGGUGAAGUCAGAAUUGAACUUAAAUUUCGAAGUUAUAGCCUUUUGAAUUUCAGUUAUUAUAUUUGUUAUGUUAAAUAUUUAAAUAUUGCCAUAUAUAAUUGUUUAUCUAUCUGGUGUCAUCCUAAAGAUCCCUAGUUCAAAUCUGAUUUCCUAUGAUAUUUUUUACUUUUUUCCAAAUAUUUUAGAUGUUUUAACUGGUACCCCAUAUAUUAAUAACAUUUUAAAACACAACUAGUUUAUAACAAUAAUAAAUAGGUAUUUUACUAAUAGCCGAAUUGUAUGUGCAUUUUGCAAGGAAAACCUUAUUUAAUAACUAUUAUUAUAUAGAGUACCAAUAAAAAGUGCAAAAAACAAUUUGAAACCUCAGGAUUGAUACCUAGUAUGAAACAUCAUUAGACUAGGUAUAACAAACAACGCUCUAGAAAAGUAAUUUUAAAUUAUUUGACAUAAAACACAUCAUAUUUGGAUAAAAUUUGAACUUCAAAGAGCCAAUGGUUUAUAUGUAACUUUGAAACUAGGUCAGUCUGCUCAAUUUUGAUGUGACCAUCAUUCUUAACUUGGAAAUACACAUAUGUUCCAAACAAAAAUUUGCACCGACCAGUAACUAAUUUUAUACUAUGUUUUUUUUUAAAUGUUUUAAAUUAAAUGACUAUUUUCUAUCAUUGAAAGGAAAUGAUACCUUAAAAAUCUUUGAAUAUGUAUGCAGUUAUGCCCUAAAACUUAGCAAAAUAUAAUUUUAAAAAUAGAAAUUUGAACAUUUUGUUUUCUCACUUAAAUUAAUUCUAACAAAAAUGUUUUAUAUUUUUUUUAUAAAUGUAUUAUUUAAAAUAUUUUAUCUAAAACUUGCACUAAAUUGAACAGUUUGCUUGCUGAUAUGUAUAAAUCUAACAAAAUCUAAACAAAAUCAUUGUUUUGUAAUUCUUAAUUUGUUGAGUUAUACAUGUUCUGAAACUAUAUGAAAUUUUUAUAUAUUAUGCUCUAAAAUGUAUGAAAUCUUAAGUAAUUCCUAAAUAAGUAAAACUAUCUAUUUUUUUUUUUUUUUGUGUCCAAACAUUAAAAUCUAACUGUCCUACAUAAUAUUUUCUGUCUAUUACUAAAUCAUGCUAAUUGAUUCUAGUGUUAACCCCAUUUCCUAUCGCUCUUUAUUAAGCAACAUACAAUUUUGUUUAUAGAUUUGUUAAGUCAUGAAACACAUUUUGUUAAAAACUAUUUUUGACUUCUUAAUCAAAAUACAUAAAAGCAUACAAAUGUCUGCUCUAAUUAUCACACAUUGAAGUCUUAUCUAAAAAAAUUGUUUUUCAAAAUCAUAGCUGUAAUGCUUACAUAUUUCUAGUAAACUAAAUUAUUAAAAUUAUUAUCAUUUUAGCAAUACAUUCAUUAUUACUGUAUUUCUCAAAGUAAUAUUUUUAAUAGAUACACAACUACCUUGUACAUGUUAAAUUUCUAAAUCCUCAUUUUUUGUAUAACUUUGUUUGCUAGAAUGUAUUGUAUUCUGACUUAUAAUUGUUGAUGACAACAAUUAUAAAUCAGUAUUAAUUGUAACUAGGUAAUAACAAUCCUUUAUUUUCAUACUAGUAGAAUAUAUUGUGUUUUGAGCUUUUAAAUCUUCACCGAUAUUAAAUAAAACUUAUUAUACAAUAUUUCUCUAAAAGUUAAAUAUAUUUUUAAAAUUCUAAGUAAAUAUUUAAUUUGAAUUUCUUGUUGAUUAAAACUUAUCCUAACUAACAACCAACAGCAUGUAAAAAUAAAAAUUUUAAAUAUAUGAAAAUAUAAUACUUCCCUUGCCCUAAUAAUAAAUCAGCUGCAUUGUUACUUCUAAACUAAUAAUAACAUUUAAUUCAUCUAUAAUUUAAUAAUUAUAUAUUUUUAAAAUUAGCCAAAAUUCCCUGAACAACACUGUUAUAAAGUGGGAGACAAGUUAGAAGCAAUAAAUCCGUAUUCAUUGAUGGUCUUCUAUAUCGCUACGAUUGUUAAGGUAUAUGACAAUCAUUAUUUUAAAGUUGAACUGGACAAUGACAGUGAUACAAAGAAACGUAUAACUUUUGUGGCAACUAAGGAAAACCCUUAUUUGUUUAAUGCAGGUUAAAAUAAUAAUCUAUUCAAAAUUAGUUUUCUAUGUAUUAUCUAUGCAUAUGCCUAAAUUUAUAUAUAAUUUUAGGUUGGGCGAAUAAACACAAGUUCUUAUUAAAACCUCCUUCUGAUUGGGAUUCAUCCAAAAAAUUUUCUUGGAUAAAUUAUGUCAUGAUUAAACAUGCUAAAUUAGCUCAAAUUGAUAAUGCAUGCAAAAAAAAUAUACACAACAUUCAUACAGGCAUGACUCUUGAAGCUGUUGAUCCUGUAAAUCCUGACCAUAUCCGUGUGGCUACUAUCAAAGGAUUUGCUGAUCAUUGGAUUUUUUUGUCUUUUGAUCGUACAAAUUGGUAUUAAAUUUUAUAAAUAAAAUAACUAUUAAUAUAUUUAUCAACUAAACAUUUUUUAAAUAUAGGAAUCAAGAAUUAUUACAUGUGCGGUCCAUUUAUUCAGAUGAUAUUUUUCCUAUUGGUUGGUGUAAUAAACACAAAUAUUUAUUAAGUACUCCAAAACUUCCAUUUACUGACUGUAAUAGUUAUGAAAAUCAUUAUUAUGGAUCCGAUAUUGAUACAGAUUUUAAUGAAUCACAUACAGAAUUUUUAACUAAAUAUCCAAAUUAUUUCAAAGGCGAUAUUCCCUAUCACUAUAGCGAAAUGUAAUAUUAUUUAUUAACUUGUAAAAUCUAAAACUUAUUAUUAUAAAUAAAAAUUUAACUUUAUUUUAGGGAUAAUCAAACUUUUGAAGAUAAUUUUGAAGAGUCAUUACUAAAUGAAUUAAUUGAAAGUGGCAUUAUGCAUUCUGAUUCAAAAACUGAGAAUAAUGAUGUUACUGAACCAAUUAUUAAUGAUAAAAAAGUUGUUACUAAAAAAAAAAACCAGGACCAAGCUGAAAAACAAGUUACUGAAGGAAAAAAACAGGGCCAAGCUAAAAAAAAAGUUACUGAAGAAAAAAAACAAAGUCAAGCUAAAAAAAAAGUUGACCUUACAAAAAGAAAAAAAGUAAAAGAACAGACAACAACAUUAAAUAGAAAUUAUUAUGAAAUGAGUAUUUAUUUUAACAAAAACUGUUCUAAUCAAAAUCAUUUUGUGAAAAGUAAACUUGCAAAGAUACCAAAUGUUAUUGGACCAGGUCCUGUAUCUAAAAUUUUAUCUGAAGCACUAGCCAUAUUUAUUAGAAUAAAUUAUGUUCCUUUCUCUGUGUUGAAAAAUAUAAAAAAAAAACAAAGAAAAUUAUUCGAUGGACCUGGUGGUGUUAGCAUGGUAAUUACAGCCCCGUAAGUAUUUAUUUUUAUCAUACAAAUAUGAUACUAAAAUAGUAACAAAUUGUAUAUAUUGUAUUUUUUCAAAGCAAUAAGACAAGUAAUCCUUUAACAUUUAAAGAAGAACUUGUUUUGCCGGAAUCCAAGAAAAUGGCUCAAGUAUAUUGUUCUACUCUUUGUCGUUUGUUUGGUGUCUGUGAAUAUUUUAUGACAACUGAAAAAACUGUAUGUACUCGGUGUGUUGUAAAUAAAACUAAAAGUAAGUAUUAUCAUUAUAUCCAAAAGUAUAAAUGAUGAUAUAGUUUUAGAUUAUUUUACCAUUUUUUAUUACUAUCAUUUUUGAUCCUUAGCAGUGAGAAACAUAUUGGUCUACUUUGAUGAUUUUUUUAGAUUCUGAGUGUAGCAAAGAAUGUAUUAAUUUUACAAUGAUAUUUGUUUAUUAUUAUUUUUUUUUAUACUUAUAUAAAAAUAUCUAUCGGAAAUCGCACUUCCAUAUAUAAGUGUGGCACUUUUUUUAAAGGAAAUUUUGUAGGUGAGGUCAUUUUUAAUUUCCCAAGUGGUUUUUGUAAUAUCUAGUAAAACUCAGGAUAAGCGUUAGAAAAAUACAAUAAUUUACAAAAAUAAUACUUUUAUUAUUUGCAAUUUUAGUUUUUGUUGUAAUCCAGCUAGAAAUAUAUUAUUUGUAGAGGCUUGAAAUUUGAAUAGAAAACUUAUAUUUGCUUUUUUAGACAAGGACAAAUUUUCAAAACAUGAGCUAUUUGUUAAAAUUUAAAAUUUGUUGAAAUUUGGACACAAAACUUAUAUUUGUCUUUUCUAAAGGUGGUAACAUUUUAAUUUUUCAAGUUAUGUGCGUAAUUUUUAUUCAGGUACUCAAUGGAAAAUAUUUACUGUUACUACCUACAUGAAACCAUAUAUAUUUGCUGUGUAAUUGAUUGUAGAUAUUAAAUAUAUAUUUAUUUUACUAUUAUGACAUAUUGUUGAAAAAGCAAUACUAUUAAUUGUGGUUUGCUCAGAAUCUUUUUUCUUUAGCAACGGUUAACCAUUGCCUGUAUCUUACUUACAGUAAAUUCCUCUCUACAUUCUAUCUUCCCAACUUCUCAUCUACAAUAGUGAUCCACUCAUUGUGUGACUAUGUCUGUUUUUUUUUUCUCUCUGCUCUGUUCAACAUCAAGGGUGUUUUUCUAGUAAAAUUGUCAAUAUUGGUCAUAUUUUAAAAUUCUUUAAAGUAGGGAAAAACUGACAAUGAAUGACAAAUUCAUAAUUAUUAUUUUUUUAAAAUAGGUAAAUUUAAAAAUUAAAAAAAAUUAUGACAUUAAAAAUUACAAUUGGAAGAAAUAUUUAGUGUAAUUAAAAUUUUUUUAUGACUCAUUGGAUAAUCACACUCAAGUUUUUUUUUUGUUUUAGUAGAUAAAAAUUAGCUUAGCUUAAAAAAAAGACAUGCAACAUACUUUUAUAAUAAUGUAAUACAGUAACAAACUAAAUUAGUUUAGCAAUUUUACUAACUAUUAUUUAUCAUAUUUGUACAAAUUCAGAAUUAAAGUUUGAAACAAAUGCUGUGCAAAAAAUUGUAAAACCUAUGAAAAGAAACAAUGAGACUGACAUUUCUACAAGUUCUAAAAAGUAUGGAAAUGAAUUAAUUUAUGAGGAAAUUGCUAAAGUUGGUAUGGUUUUUUUUUUUUUUUAUAUAUAUAAAUAAUUUUUUUUCUUAAUUAUUGAUUUAAAAAAAUGAUUCAUUCAUUUUUUAUGGGUUUAUGAUGUUUAUAUAGCUGCUGAAGAAUUAGAUUGGUCAAAUCAACAUAUAGUUGAUAAGUAUAAGUAUUAUAUGGGGUGUAUAAUCAAUUUUGAAAAAUAUGCAAGGUCAUUGGAAGAGAGUUUAAGUCAACAUGAAUUAGCCCUGUUAAUAGAAAUUGAAGCCAAAAAAGUUUAUCUUAAAGACAUGGACGAUGAUGAAGCAUAUAGUCAUACAAAAGUAGAUUAUGAUGAAGAGAAUAUAUUUCCUUUUAUUAAAGAUUGGUAUGUACUAUAUGCCCCAAUUAAUAAAUGUUAAAUAUUUAUUAUAGUAAUAUUGAUUGAAUUUUUUUAGGAAAACUAGUUUUGAAAACUUUUAUCGAAAAAGUCCAUACUAUAAGAAUUACACAAUUGAUAUAGGUGAUUUUGAACAUAUUCAAGUUACAUCAAAUCCAAAAUAUUGGUCCCCUGAUGAUGUUUAUAAAUAUCUAUCAAAUGAUGUAUAUUGUGAAAUUAUUAGAAAAGAGCUUAAGUCAGGGGUAUACAAUUUAUAAUAUAAAUUAUUAUUUAGCAAAAUUUAUUAAUAUUUUAAAUUAUUACUAUUUUAGCUAGUUGAUGGUGUAGCUUUUAUGCUAUUAAAUGAGGAACAACUUGUAUUCCGAUUAAAGUAUACAAUUAAUUUAGCAAUACGAGUUAUGUGUCAUGUGGCUUAUGUUAAACAUAUCUUUUUAACAAAAUAUACUGAUCAUCAUUGA